CUGUUCUCUUCUCUGCCCAGGAGAAGGUUAAGAUGGCGGAAGUCUCUCACAUGAUUGACAGCGAGGUCUUCUUGGCGUUUUCCACGUACGCCACGAUCGUGGUUCUGAAGAUGCUGCUGAUGGGACCCAUGACGGGGUACUACAGGAUGACAAGGAAGGCCUUUUCGAACCUGGAAGACACGGUUUUACAUGGAAAAAAUGAAGAAGACAAGAAGAAAUUCCUCCGGACUGAUCCGGAUGUGGAGCGUGUCAGAAGGUGCCACCAGAAUGACCUGGAGAACAUUGUUCCCUUCGUGCUGAUCGGUCUGCUGUACGCGCUGAGCGGCCCUGCCCUGUCCACGGCCCUGCUGCACUUCCGCGUGUUCGUGGGCUCCAGGUUCCUGCACACCGUGGCAUACCUGCUGCCCCUGCCCCAGCCCUUCAGGGGUGCAAGCUGGGUUGUGGGUGUGCUUAGCACCUUCUCCAUGGGAUACCAGCUCCUGAGCACCAGCCUGGUCCUCUAGAGAGAGAACCUGGCCCCAGCUCACACAGCAGGCUCUGGGUCAACUGUUCAGAAGAAGUGCUUCUCUCCUUUCUUUAAUAGGUGAUUUGAAAUGGUACCAGCUUCGUUUUAGGGUUAUGGUUAGUGUUUGUUUUUUUUUUGUUUUUUUAAAUCUAGCACAAGUUACUUUUUUCCCCUGAUACAAGUUUACCAUGGUAUUUUUGCACUUCCACCAUGCUUUUUCCAUGGUAAUACCAUGUAUUAACCAUCAUUUACCCUGGUUUACCAUGUUUAUUAAUAUGCUUUACUAUACCUCACUGUUCUUCACAUUGCUGUCUUAUCCUUUACCGCUUUCACUAUGCUUUUACACUUUGCUAUGCUUCUACUGUGGUAAACUUUGUAUAAGGGUCUAGCUAAUUCAAAAUGAAAGCAUUUCCAUUGCCAGUGCUGAUAGGUGAGAGAAUGCUGUUUGAAGCCUUGAUUGGCGUAGCUUUCAACAUUACUAUUUUGUCACUUCUAUGACACUGCAGUCCAUUGGGUCUAAACCCUUCUCUUUCAGUUCUAAAUCUCUGGCUGUAAUGAUGAAUGUGCCUGAGGCUACCUCACAGAGCAAAUCUCUCUAUUGAGAUUUGAAAGCAUGCAAGCACGUGGCGAGAUGUCUUUUUAUGAGGGGUUUUGUGUUGGUUUUUAUAUGCCAUUCUAACCUGAAAUCCCCCCUUUUAUCUUUUGUAAAACCAAAUGAAAUAAAAUGUCGUCUUACAUUUUCCCCA